UGUAAUGAGCUCAUUAGUCUCAGUCACGACCCACGACCCACGACCCAGCUGCAAUAAUGGCUCACAGAGGAGAACGGAGCAAAGCUGUCGCUUUAAGACCCAUUUCCCCCCAUUGUCAAACAGUCGUGAGCAGGAAGAGGGAAACGAAAGCACAGACACCGCGAGGGGCCCGACGUAUUUAAACCAAACACACUGCUGCUGCUGGUACACAGAUAACGGCGGGUUGGAACGUCUGCAGCAGGAUCGAGCCCAGAGGAGACAUACAGCCGACCCAGAGAGACCCAGAGGUCCGGGAAGAUCCACACAUGUGACUGCGUCUGAUCGGAACAACCAUGGUUUGAUUCAUGAAGUCGCCGCAAGGAGAAAGAAUACAUCUAAAAACCAGCAAGUGUCACCUCUGAAAUUAUGACAGUAUCCUCCAUCAUCCUCAUCUCAGGUUCAUGGUCUGCGGGCAUUUCCAACGCAGCUGUCCGCCGGUAUAUUUGACACAGGCAGCCCAAAUAGCAGUGAGAGAGCGGUGUUAGUGGCAGCAGGUGCAGGUGCAGAGGUUCGGCUCCCGUUUGCCGGUAGGCUGCUUCACCGGUGACCGCAGAGCAGGCUGCUGAUCCCGAGCCCGAACGUCGGAUGGCAGGAAUGGCUUCUACUAUAGAGAGGAAGACCCUGGAAACCAAUGAGGAGCCGGUGGAUGAGGUCCUCCAGAUGCCCCCCUCUUUGCUGACAUGUGGUGGGUGUCAGCAGAGCAUCGGUGACCGGUUCUUCCUGAAAGCCAUAGAGCAGUACUGGCACGAAGACUGUCUGAGCUGUGACCUGUGUGGCUGCCGGCUGGGGGAGGUGGGCCGUCGACUCUACUACAAGCUGGGCAGAAAACUAUGUCGACGAGACUACCUCAGGCUCUUUGGUCAGGAUGGUCUCUGUGCUUCCUGUGAGAAAAGAAUUCGAGCCUUUGAGAUGACAAUGCGAGUUCGGGACAAGGUUUAUCACCUGGAGUGCUUCAAGUGUGCCGCCUGCCAGAAACACUUCUGUGUGGGUGACCGAUAUCUGCUUAUCAACUCAGACAUUGUGUGUGAACAGGACAUUUUUGAGUGGACCAAACUCAACAAUAACAUGGUCUAGGAAAAUCCUGGGUCUAAUCAGUGGAUUUGAAGGAAAUUAACCUUCAACUUCUCUAUAGGCUUUAGCAGCUUAGCCAGGCGUCUGACCUUCAUGUGGAUGCAUUCACCCUGCUGGAGACUGAAUGAAUUGCACUUGCAACACCAGACAAUGUGGGGUUUUCAAAUCAUGCAAUAACACCUUUGUUAUAGAUACUGGAGUUUUUAGCAGUAACAAAAUAAACCAUGAAGUCAUCAUGAAUUUAUAACCA